CGAGUUUUAGGAUUCCACAGAGACACUGGACAUGGACUACUCUGAGGACUUCCUGGAUUUCUUUUCCAGUAUGGAAAGUAUUGAGUUACUCCAGACGGAAUCCGCUGAUGAGGACAUUAGUGCUCUAGUGAAGACUGUGCUAGAAGACCAGGAUGUCUGCCUAGAGGAGAACCUUCUUGAAAAUAUGGCUGGAACAAGCUGGAACCCUGAGCUCAAACUACUGAGGAUUCUUCAGGACACUGAUGACAAGGAAGAGGAGAACCAACCCCCUGGUGAUGAGUCUCUGGAGGCAUAGCCUGAAGGCAUCGCCAGGGCAGCCUUAUUCCCAACUGGGCCUCCUGAGGUCAACGGCCUUCUACACAAGGAUGGAAAGGAGACUGACGUCUGCUCUCCGG